AUGGCCAUGAACGUCAGCAUUACAAGUGAGUCAUCCGUCUUGACAAGGGGCCAGAACAAGGGACUCCAUCAAAAGCUAAGCGGGUGUACGGGCUUACCCGCCGUGGCCAUUCUCGUCACUCUCCUCGUCGUGUGCACGAUCCUGGUCGUGGGCGUCCUGCUGCACGUCUUCAUGCUCGCCAAAGACAGCAACGUCAGCGCCUUAUCGAUCGUCGUUACCCCCGACGCGGUAAACGACACGACGCGCCACGUCGGUACCAUUCACUCGACCGUGCACAAUAUCUCCACGGUGAGCGAGGAACCAUCCGCCAAACCUGGAAGUGGAGACGCCACGUACCCAGAAAGCAAUUCGAGUGUCGGAACUGUAUCCACGUCCGAAGCCACCCCACUGUCCACAGCUGACGAUGACGCGUCGUCUUCGGGGGCCGAUGCCACCCCAGCGACGCACGAGAGCCUCACGGCGACCGCAGAAAUCACCGCGCCACCUACAACUGCGGAAGACGAAUCAUCGACUAGCAUGGCCCAACCAGUGAGUGAUCGCACCGUGUUUCCGGGACCUGGGAGCGAAAGCAUAGCGACACCUGCGGACAGCACGGAAGCCUCGGUUACCGCUCAAGACCUGACCGACCUCGUCACAUUCACAAAAAUUAUGAACGAGUCUGCGGACAACACGGAGGGCUCAGUUACCCCUGAAGACCAGACCGACCUCGUCACGUUCACGAAAAUCAUGAACGAGUCUGCAGACAACACGGAAAGCUCUGUUACCGCUGAAGACCAUACAGACCUCGUCACGUUCACCGAAAUCAUGAACGAGUCUGCGGACAGCACGGAAAGCUCAGUUACCGCUGAAAAUCAGACUAACCUCGUCACGUUCACCAAAAUCACAGACGAGUCUGCGGACAACACGGAAGGCUCAGUCGCCGCUGAAGACCAGACCGACCUCGUCACGUUCACUAAAAUCAUGAACGAAUCUGCGGACAACACGGAAGGCUCGGUUACCGCUGAAGACCAGACCGACCUCGUCACGUUCACUAAAAUCAUGAACGAAUCUGCGGACAACACGGAAAGCUCUGUUACCGCUGAAGACCAUACAGACCUCGUCACGUUCACCGAAAUCAUGAACGAGUCCGCGGACAGCACGGAAGGCUCAGUUACCGCUGAAAAUCAGACUAACCUCGUCACGUUCACCAAAAUCACAGACGAGUCUGCGGACAACACGGAAGGCUCAGUCGCCGCUGAAGACCAGACCGACCUCGUCACGUUCACUAAAAUCAUGAACGAAUCUGCGGACAACACGGAAGGCUCGGUUACCGCUGAAGACCAGACCGACCUCGUCACGUUCACUAAAAUCAUGAACGAAUCUGCGGACAACACGGAAAGCUCAGUUACCGCUGAAGACCAGACAGACAUCAUCACAUUCAACAAAAUCAUGAACGAGUCUGCGGGCAACAACGAAGGCUCUGUUACCGCUGAAGACCAGACCGACCUCGUCACGUUCACCGAUAUCAUGAACGAGUCUGCGGACAACACGGAAGGCUCAGUCACCGCUGAAGACCAGACCGACCUCGUCACGUUCACUAAAAUCAUGAACGAAUCUGCGGACAACACGGAAAGUUCUGUUACCGCUGAAGACCAGACAGACGUCAUCACGUUCACCAAAAUCAUGAACGAGUCCGCGGGCAACAAAGAAGCCUCAGUUAUCGCUGAAAACCAGACCGACCUCGUCACGUUCACCGAUAUCGUAAACGAGUCCGAGGACAACACGGAAGGCUCGGUUACCGCUGAAGACCAGACCGACCUCGUCACGUUCACCGAUAUCAUGAACGAGUCCGCGGACAACACGGAAGGCUCAGUUACCGCUGAAGACCAGACCGACCUCGUCACGUACACCGAUAUCAUGAACGAGUCCGUGGACAACACGGAAGGCUCAGUUACCGCUAAAGGCCAGACCGACCUCGUCACGUACACCGAUAUCAUGAACGACUCCGCGGACAACACGGAAGGCUCAGUUACCGCUGAAGACCAGACCGACCUCGUCACGUUCACCGAUAUCAUGAACGAGUCCGCGGACAGCACGGAAGGCUCAGUUACCGCUGAAGACCUGACCGAUCUCGUCACGUUCACCGAAAUCAUGAACGAGUCCGCGGACAACACGGAAGGCUCAGUUACCGCUAAAGGCCAGACCGACCUCGUCACGUUCACCGAUAUCAUGAACGAGUCCGCGGACAACACGGAAGGCUCAGUUACCGCUAAAGGCCAGACCGACCUCGUCACGUACACCGAUAUCAUGAACGAGUCCGCGGACAACACGGAAGGCUCAGUUACCGCUAAAGGCCAGACCGACCUCGUCACGUUCACCGAUAUCAUGAACGAGUCCGCGGACAACACGGAAGGCUCAGUUACCGCUAAAGGCCAGACCGACCUCGUCACGUACACCGAUAUCAUGAACGAGUCCGCGGAUAACACGGAAGGCUCAGUUACCGCUAAAGGCCAGACCGACCUCGUCACGUACACCGAUAUCAUGAACGAGUCCGCGGACAACACGGAAGGCUCAGUUACCGCUAAAGGCCAGACCGACCUCGUCACGUUCACCGAUAUCAUGAACGAGUCCGCGGACAACACGGAAGGCUCAGUUACCGCUGAAUACCUGACCGAUCUCGUCACGUUCACCGAAAUCAUGAACGAGUCCGCGGACAACACGGAAGGCUCAGUUACCGCUAAAGGCCAGACCGACCUCGUCACGUUCACCGAUAUCAUGAACGAGUCCGCGGACAACACGGAAGGCUCAGUUAUCGCUAAAGGCCAGACCGACCUCGUCACGUACACCGAUAUCAUGAACGAGUCCGCGUACAACACGGAUGGCUCAGUUACCGCUAAAGGCCAGACCGACCUCGUCACGUACACCGAUAUCAUGAACGAGUCCGCGGACAACACGGAGGGCUCAGUUACCGCUAAAGGCCAGACCGACCUCGUCACGUUCACCGAUAUCAUGAACGAGUCCGCGGACAACACGGAAGGCUCAGUUACCGCUGAAGACCUGACCGAUCUCGUCACGUUCACCGAAAUCAUGAACGAGUCUGCGGUCAACACGGAAGGCUCAGUUACCGCUCAAGACCUGAACGACCUCUUCACGUUCACCAAGGUUAUGAGCGAGUCUGCGGAAAACACGGAAGGCUCAGUUACUGCUGAAGACGUGACCGAUCUCGUCACGUUCACCGAAAUCAUGAACGAGUCCGUGGACAACACGGAAGGCUCAGUUGCCGCUCAAGAUCUGACCGACGUCUUCACGUUCACCAAGGUUAUGAGCGAGUCUGCGGAAAACACGGAAGGCUCAGUUACCGCUGAAGACCUGACCGAUCUCGUCACGUUCACUAAAAUCGUGAAUCAGUCUGCGGACAACACGGAAAGCUCAGUUACCGCUCAAGACCUGACCGACCUCUUCACUUUCACCAAGGUUAUGAGCGAGUCUGCGGACAACGCGGAAGGCUCAGUUAACGCUGAAGACCUGACCGAUCUCGUCACGUUCACCGAAAUCAUGAACGAGUCUGCGGUCAACACGGAAGGCUCAGUUACCGCUCAAGACCUGACCGACCUCGUCACGUUCACUAAGAUCAUGAAUGAGUCUGCGCACAACACGUAA